GCAUUUACAAGACUGCUAUAACGUGUGAGGUCCAUCAAAGAGGACCCAAACAACAUGUACCGGAAGAAAUGUUGUAAACAUUGAAAUAAUCAAAACAACUUUCGGAUUUCCAGUUUAAUAAGAAAACUUGUGUUGAAGAUGAACAACAUGUCACCUGAGGUUGCACUGAACCUCAUCUCUCCGGAGCUGCGGCCCUUGCUGUGCAGUGUGGUGCGAAAUGGUCGAGUGGGCCUCGAUUCCUCUAAUCGCCUUCGUGUAACUGACCUCAAGACUGGAUGCACCUCUCUGACCCCAGCGCCUUGCUGUGACCGCUUCAAGCUACACAUCCCCUAUGCUGGAGAAACCCUGAAAUGGGAUAUCAUCUUCAACGCACGAGAUCCCGAACUCCCCCCCGACUUCAUUUUUGGGGAGGACGCUGAAUUUCUACCGGAACCCUCAGAGCUUCCACACCUGGUCCAAUGGGAUGCGGGCAACCCCGAGUGCCUGCUCCAGUUGGUGAAGGAGCUGAUCCAGCAGUACCACCAGUACCAGUGCCAGCGCCUCCGAGAGAGCUCGCGGCUGCUCUUCGAGUACGACAGCCUGCUCGAGGACCCCAACUAUGGACGCAGCAUGGAGAUCUACGCCGGGCGCAAAAACAGCUGGACUGGAGAGUUCUCUGCCUGCUUCCUGCUCAAGCUCCCCGUGGACUUCAGCAACAUCCCUGUCUAUCUACUCAAGGACACGGCGUUGGACCCAGGUGAAGAUGUGGCCCUUCUCUCUGUGAGCUUUGAGGACGCCGAGGCCACCCAGGUGUUCCCCAAACUCUACUUGUCUCCGAGCAUCGAGCAUGCCCUUGGAGGCUCCUCUGCACUUCAUAUCCCAGCAUUCCCCAGUGGAGGCUGCCUCAUCGACUACGUACCUCAAGUAUGCCAGCUACUCACAAACAAGGUGCAGUAUGUCAUCCAAGGCUACCACAAGAGGAGGGAGUACAUCGCUGCUUUUCUCAGCCACUUUGGAAUGGGUGUGGUUGAGUACGACGCAGAAGGGUUCACGAAGCUCACCCUUCUCCUGAUGUGGAAAGAUUUCUGUUUCCUUGUCCACGUGGACCUUCCCCUCUAUUUCCCCCGCGACCAGCCCAUGUUGACCUUCCAGUCGGUCUACCACUUCACCAGCAGCGGGCAGCUUUACUCGCAGGUGCAGAAAUCCUACCCCUACAGCCCGCGCUGGGACGGCAAUGAGAUGGCCAAGAGAGCCAAAGCGUACUUCAAGAGCUUCAUCCCUCAGUUCCAAGAGGGGGCCUUCGCAAAUGGAAAACUAUAGGAUUCUCAGCGUGUGCGUGUACAUGCGUGUGAUUGCGACUUAAAACACUCUAGGUGUCUCAAAACAGCAUGCUCACUGUCCUGUUUGUGUGUUUGUAUCUGUGAGUGUGUUGACAUGUAUGACUGUUUACCUACUGUAAAGACUAUAGUCAUCAUUUAAACUGUUGAUAAAGAGAAACUGUGUUCUGUUUUUGGAAGUUUGGAGUAAAAUGCUGUUUAUUAAAGUUUUUGUAAGGUUGUGGGGUAGGUAUGGAGAUUCCCAACAAAAUACCUCAAAUGAGACAUUUUAUUGGUUGACAGGGGACAGGAAAGGCCCCUCAUUUUACAAAAUGGUAGAACCCCAAACUCUCUUCCAGAUAGAUUCAUCCACUCGGAUGAAACCCCUUUGACACAUAUUGGUGGUCCACACAAGAAAAAUGUGCCAGUUUCCUGUACUCCUGUACUAUAUACCUUAAACUAGUCAGUAUGAUUUAGUUUACCAUUCUGGACCUGUCUUAAUACAUUUUAUGAACAUGAUAAUUCAAGUUCAGCACUGAAUUGGAAACUACUGUGUCUGUGCCAUGUUAUUUUCCACUGUUGAAACCUGUGGUGCCCCCCACCCCCAAUUCACUGGCUUUCACUGACAGUCGUACUGUUUGUUACUAAUAUAUGUCUGUUUAUAUUCUUUUUUUUCCAUCCCCAUCUCGAUCAAUAAAUCCAUUAUCAAUUCAGUUAACU